GUAACCUGAUUAAGAGAUAAUGAGGACUGCACUGAGCUGAGUGAUCGCAGUAACAUGCAAAGCUGAGCAGGCAGCGCAGCGCACAGCGGGCAGCACCAGGUAAACAGCCUGGUUAUAGACCUCCUACACGGAGCUCAUUUCGAAUGGACGUGGAUAUAACUACUAUAGGGUAACUUUGAUCCAGUUUGAUGGCCCUCAACCGAAAAUAAAAAUAUAGAGCAUAACCAACUGUUCAGUAAGUUGUGUGUGAGGCUGGUGCAGAUUGGACAACCACCUACCAUCUAGUCUCAGAGACGAUUCUGUCAUUCAACAUGAAUUCGAUUUAGAUGUUUGACAUCAGGAGGUCUUCUGCGGUCUUUUCUCUCCGUUUGUGGACCACCUGUGGCGACCUGCUGCUCCUCAUCUAGAGUGCACAGCCAUGACCUCCGGCGUGCCCAGAGGCUGCGGCGCCGGCGUCAAACCGCUCUACUUCAACCUGUGUGACCUGGACGCCGCCUGGGGCGUGGCGGUGGAGGCGGUGGCGGCCGCCGGCGCGCUGACCUCCUUCGUCCUGCUCGUCUUCCUCCUGGGCGUCUGGCCCCUGGUGGGCGACCAGCAGCGGCGUCGCAUGCUGCACCUGCUGGUCGCCUUCACCCUGUGCACCCUGGGGCUCUUCGGCCUGGCGCUCGCCUUCGUCGUGGGGCGGGACUCGACCACCUGCGCCGCGCGGCGCUUCCUCUUCGGCGUGCUGUUCGCCGGGUGCCUGGCCUGCCUGGUGACGCACGGCCUGUGGCUGGCGCUGCUGGGCGGGGGGUCCGCGGGGGGGGGCCGGGGGCCCCGGGGCUGGCUGCUCGGCCUGGGGGGCCUGGCCCUCUGGCUGGUGGAGGUGAUGGUGAACGCCGAGUGGCUGAUCAUCACCCUGCUGCGCUCCCCGCUCUCGCCCCCCGCCGUCACGCCCGACCUGUCCUGCAGCAUCGCCAACCAGGACUUUGUGACGGCGCUGGUCUACGUGAUGGCGCUGCUGCUGGCCGCCGUGGCGACGGCCGUGGCGGCGCUGGCGCAGAAGGACGGGCGGUGGCGUCGGGACGGCGCCCUGCUCCUGUCGACGGGGCUGCUCACCGCGGCCCUCUGGGCGGCCUGGAUCGGGAUGUACGUCUACGGGAACGGGGCGCUGGGCCGCGGCGACUGGGACGACCCCACCGUGGCCGUCGCCCUGGUGGCCAACGGCUGGGCGUUCCUGCUGACCUACGUGGUCCCGGAGACCUGGCUGCUGGACCCCGGGCAGGGGGGCGGCGAGGAGGAGGACUCGGACGCGGAGCACGCCGUGUACCCGGGGCGCAGCGCUCUGGACUACGGACCCGACCGGACCCCUGCCGUCCACAACCUGUACAUGGACAACGCCGCCUUCUCCAUGGAGGAGCCCAAAGGGGAAGAGCCGCUCCCGGAGGCGCCGCCGGCCCCGGAGGGCCCCCGACCGGGGCACCUGCGGCGGGGGGUGUACCAGCCCACGGAGAUGGCCCUGAUCCACAAGGGCCUGACCUACACCGACUUUCACAAGAACGCAGGAACGAUGGCCUCCGCCCCCGCUAUGAACAAGGAGACCCCCAGCCCGAGCUUAGCUUGGCCCCUCCCUCCUCCUUCUGUGCUGCGGCAUGCUGACAGCGGCAACGCUUUGAACAGGAAGCCGUUGUGGUGAUUUCUCUCUUACUGUGCAGAGAUCUCGAUCACCACCUACCUGGUGGAUGCAACAAAUCUGUCCCAUGUAUUUGUUGCGUUGAUGUUGUUGAUGUAGUUGUAAGUGUCUUGAGGGCUGAAGGCAGAACAUUGGGAGGGGGGGGCUGGACUGAAGGGGUCCCCCUAACUGAAGGGUCUGGGGGGGGACUGCAGCCCGACCUCACACCCAGCGGGCUUCUGUACGUCUCCACAGCAUGGAGGAGACACAUGAAUGAAUGUGUGUUUGGGUGUGUUUAUGUGUGUGUGUGUGUGUGUGUGUGUUCGUGUAUGGGUGUGCGUGUGUGUGUCUGUGUGUGUGUGCGGGGUUGUGCGUCAUGUAAGGAUUAGGCGUCAGUGCCGUGAGAAUGCUAAAUUAAAAAUGCGACAAGGAACCGAGGCAAAGCGGAUAUAUUAUUUGUACAGUCUGUUAAUCUGCCUGCCUGGGUAAUACCGGUGGGAACAUGUUUUUAAAAUGCUAGUCGCUACAGGAGACUGAGAGAUCAGAGUGCUCGGACCUCUAAGAAAGUCCAAACCAGUCAGUAAUUUCACUUUUUUGUAUGGUUUUAAUUAACCAAAAUACUUGCCAUAAAGUCUGUGUAUUUCCAGUGUAUUUUCCCUACACUGGCUAUUUUUGACCUAUUGUAUUUUAUUCUUGUUCUGCUGGCUUUUUAAACGUGUAAACGUGAGGAGUUAUCUCAUAAAAAGAUUC